CUCUUUUUGUUGGCCUUUCUGGGAUCAUGGGGCGUGUUAAGCUCCAGAUAAAGAGAAUAGAGAACAACACCAAUCGCCAGGUGACCUUCUCCAAGCGUCGCAAUGGGCUCAUCAAGAAAGCCUACGAGCUCUCGGUUCUUUGUGACAUUGAUAUCGCCCUCAUCAUGUUCUCUCCCUCCGGGAGGCUCAGCCAUUUCUCCGGCAGACGGAGGAUCGAGGAUGUGCUUGCUCGGUACAUAAGUCUCCCGGAGCAUGAUAGGGGAGGAGUUAUCCAAAAUCGAGAUUAUUUGAUCCGAACGUUAAAAAUGCUCAAGUGUGAGAGCGACAUGGCUGCAGAAUUAGUCAAUCCUGGGGCAGUGAACUCCCAGGUGGAGGAACUUCAACAAGAGAUUCACCGGUUUCAGCAUCAGUUGCAGCUCUCUGAAGAACGCCUAAGAUUUUUUGAGCCAGACCCCCUCAGCAUCACUUCUAUGGAUGAGCUUGAAUCAUGUGAGAAAUUUCUCAUGGAGGCCUUAAGGCGCGUGGCAGAGAGAAAGAAGUAUUUGCUGAGUAACCAUCUGCCCUCGUACGACCCUUCAACAUCCAGCAUGCAGAUGUACCUGCAGUCGCAACAAGAACCGAUGCCCAAUGCGUUCGGGAGCGAGGUGGUCCAGUGGGUCCCAGGAACAACACCCAAUCCUGGUCAUCCGAUCUUCAUCGGUUCCGACCCUCUCAUGUCCCUCAGGGAUCCCGGCAUCUACGGGCCAAUCUCUUCGGGCGCGGGCCUACCGGUGGACACGCGCCUGGGGAGCUGCCACAUCAGCAAUCAGAACGAUACGUGGCAUCAAGCAUACACAUCAACUGAGCUCCUUUCGGCCCUCAUCCCAUCUGCCCCUUUCCCUCUCAUCCAGCAUCCGAUGGCACCAACGGAUUUGUCUCCGAUGGUGCCCCCGGCUGAGCAAGCGAAGGCCCAAGCAAGUUGCCCACACAUGCCAGGAGACGAGCAUGGUACAUGUGCUACAACAUAUGAAAACAAUCCAUCAUCGGUGAAUGUAGGUUGAUUUCAUCUAUCCGAUGAGUAAACCCACAAUUGUUCAUCAACCCCUUUCAUAGUUCGAGUGAGCCAUUGGGAGAUUGGUAUAUGUUGUGUAUUAGGGAGAGAGCUUUGGAAGGGUCACUUGGAGUUCUCUCUUGACAAGAUCUGUAUUUAGGGAAAUGAAUUAUGAAAGGUGGAGAAGAGGGAUUGGGUAUAAAAGAACAUGGAGGUUGUAAUUUAUGAAAGUUGUAAUAACCCUAUUUGGCUGCUUCACUUGGUGGUUAAAUUUGGUUCAUCCACUUUACUUAUUCUGUUCAUUUGAAAA